AUGACACUGGAGACUAAUGAGGAUAAUACUGGUGAAGACAACGAGUAUGAUACUAGGUAUGACCAUGAAUAUGAUACUAGGUAUGACAAUGAGUAUGAUACUAGAGAAGACAAUGAGUAUGAUACUAGAGUAUCAAGAAUUCUCAACAAAAACACGAUCAAACUCUCAACAAAAACACGAUCAAACUCUCAACAAAAACACGAUCAAACUCUCAACAAAAACACGAUCAAACUCUCAACAAAAACACGAUCAAACUCUCAACAAAAACACGAUCAAACUCUCAACAAAAACACGAUCAAACUCUCAACAAAAACACGAUCAAAGUCUCAACAAAAACACGAUCAAACUCUCAACAAAAACACGAUCAAACUCUCAACAAAAACACGAUCAAACUCUCAACAAAAACACGAUCAAACUCUCAACAAAAACACGAUCAAACUCUCAACAAAAACACGAUCAAACUCUCAACAAAAACACGAUCAAACUCUCAACAAAAACACGAUCAAACUCUCAACAAAAACACGAUCAAACUCUCAACAAAAACACGAUCAAACUCUCAACAAAAACACGAUCAAACUCUCAACAAAUACACGAUCAAACAAAAACACGAUCAACUCUCAACAAAAACGAUCAAACUCUCAACAAAAACACGAUCAAACUCUCAACAAAUACACGAUCAAACUCUCAACAAAUACACGAUCAAACUCUCAACAAAAACACGAUCAAACUCUCAACAAAAACACUAUUAAACUCUCAAUAAAAAACAAUUAA